AUGGCCCUGAGAAGCCUCUUCUUCUGCUUGAUGGCUACAGCUUCCUGGACUAUCUUGAUUCUAAAGGGUGAACCAGUAAUUGUCCCAUAUGAAACAGUUUCUACUGAAGUUGAGAAUAUCCAGGAAGAAAUUGUAGACAAACAUAACGCCCUUAGGAGGGGAGUAAUUCCCAAAGCCAGAAACAUGCUGAAAAUGGAAUGGAACGAAAAUGCUGCACAAAAUGCCAGAAAUUGGUCAAAGGAGUGUAAGAAGAACCAUAGUCCCCAAUUCAAAAGGAAAGUUACAGAGAGUUUAUGUGGAGAAAAUUUGUUGUUUGCCUCUCAUCCUCUAUCAUGGUCAGAUGUAAUCCAGUUGUGGUAUGAUGAGUCAAAAAACUUCACAUACGGGUUUGGACCAACAAAACCAGGAUCAGUGGUUGGCCACUAUACUCAGACUGUUUGGUCCACUUCGUAUAUGAUUGGCUGUGGUGUCGCUCAUUGCCCCAGUCAGAAGACAUUUAAAUACUUCUACACAUGCCACUAUUGUCAUGGGGGAAAUAAUCCUGUAACUUUUACUACACCUUAUAAGAAAGGAAUCCCAUGUGGAGACUGCCCCGGCCAAUGUGAAGAUGGACUUUGCACCAAUCCAUGCCCCUACGUUGAUGAUCUUGUUAACUGUCCAGAUGCUAUACGUCUUCUUCACUGCAAUCAUAAGUUAGUUGCUAUAAAAUGUAAAGCUAGUUGCAGGUGUACAACUGAAAUAAAAUAG